CCUGAAUUUGUCUACGCCACCUUCCUGCCGAUCGCGCCAAUACGCUCGCCUUCCGCGCGGCUCGCCCCUCCCCCAACUCCCGACUUAGACCGACCACCAGUCAUGCUAAAUAAAAUGCGGUGACAUCGUUCACUAACUUACUAUCAAAACUACUACUAGCAGACACACACGUGCUCCAGUGAGACUAUAAGAAUUCGGGGGGCACUGUCGUCUCGUCAUAAAUCUGAGGAUAGAUUACCCAGUCUAUCAUGAUCACUCAACUUCGUGUGUGAGCUUUGAUUUUUUUUGUCUUUUUUUUAUUCCCCCCAAAUGAUAAUGGUUUGAUGUGUGAUCGUGUUCAGAUGGAUGCUAACUGUUUAACUGUACUUUUCCUCCUGUCAUGGGUCGGUUCUAUAAAGGCGGGCACCUGUUGGCGGUCGAUGACGAAACAGAAGAUGUGUUUGGGGGCCUUCAAUUUGAACGUGACGAAACAGGAAUGUUGCACAAACGCCUCCCCGUACGUGAGCUGGACCCCGCAGACGUUCACGUCAACUGGCGAUCUCUUCUACUGGCAGGAACUGAUAGGGGGCGCUCCGCACUGCGAACUUUGUCACAAUACUUGUGAAGGUGUCAAAUGCCCAAGAGGAAAAUAUUGCCGAGUAAGGAAAGGAGUUCCAAAAUGUGCCUGUAUAAUUAAAUGUACUAAGAUACAGAGAAAGUCCAGGAAAAUCUGCGGCUCGGACGGAAAGACGUACAACAAUGAAUGUCAACUACGAAGGCGCAACUGUAAGCGGGAAACCUCGGUGUCUGUGUCCUACAGAGGGGUUUGCAGACAUUCCUGCAAAAAAGUAAGAUGUUUAAAUGGGAAACGCUGCUUAGAGGAUCAAAAUGGAUUGCCACAUUGUGUUCAUUGUCAGAUAAGCUGCCCACAAAAUGAUGACGUCAGAGUUCUUUGCGGAGAAGAUGGCGUGACGUAUCAAAAUCCCUGCGAGUUAAGGGCGGCAGUUUGUAGACGACAUAAGUCAAUUAGAAUCGCCUAUUAUGGCAAAUGUCGAGCUAACGCUACUUGUUUGGACACGGGGUGCCCGGAUGGAAUGUCCUGUCUUAUAAAUCCCGUCAAUCACCAGCCACUGUGCGCCGUGUGCCGAUCCCGCACCUGCUCCCCGAUGUCGCGUUACAAGGUGUGUGGAACCGACGGCGUGGAUUACAAGAACUAUUGUCACCUAAUGCAGGCCUCCUGCAAGAUGGGGAUAGCGAUAGAUACUCGCCACAGCGGUUCAUGCGACAGAGCUAGUUGGAGAAGGAAACAGAAGCACAAAAGAAGAAGACGAAGAAAAAAGAAAGUAAGAGGAAGAAAAAGAACGCGAUAUGUUGAUGCUGUACUUAGAAGUUCUGAUGGAAUAAGAAUCAAAUUAAGAUUAAAACCUAUGCAUUCCAGGGAAGAUAGUGGUGUGUCACUCCCUUUGACUCUAGAACAUUUAUUUUCCCAGAAACAUACCAAAGAAAACGGGUGAAUCUCUGCCAUUAUGGAGGGAAACCUGCCAUAGUGCCAGACGACAUAGUGCUGGCCACGUGAUAAGAGAGGGAGCAUGCGCGACAAAUCCAAAUACGUCACUGCCAUAAAAGUCUUUCUUCGCCACAGCGGCAUUAUAAAUAUUUUGAUGUGUCACCGUCUUGUGUUAUGUGUUGUUUUAUUUAUUGUAACUUAUUAAUUAUUAAUUUAUUUAUGAAUAUUGAUGUAAAUGUUAUAUAUUAAUGAAAUCAAAGCCUUUGAAGUUGGCCGUUUUCUCUUCACUCGUCUAUUCGGAUUUGGACUGUGAAUUUGAGGAGGAAAAUUGGGAAAAAAUAAACGUCAUAUGUGUAUGACACAAACUUCCCGAGAAUAAUACACAUGUACAUAUAAUUAUUUCCGUCCUUUGUGAAUGUGCCUUGAUGAAUUUUUACCAAAUAAAAUAUGGUAAAAACUGG